AUGCCGACCGUGUCCAUUGUAGGCAUCGAUGCCGCCUGGGAGCCCUCGUGCUGCCCGUCCGUGAUCGCCGAUGCUGCAGGCGCCGCCACGCAAGACAGCACCGGCCUUCUCGCGGUGCCGGAGGUAGAUAUGGAAACGGGCAUCGUUAUCCUAGACCUCGGACGCCGCAGUGGCGACGCGAACGCAUCGCGCGGUCCUCAUGUCUAUGGCACCGCUCAUAAUACCCCCAAGAAGCCGCCGAUUUGGGCUCGCAACGGUGGCGUGUGGGCACAUCUGCAGGCUUCCGGGUUCCCGUGCCUCGUCGCUGUCCUGGCACAGCCGCUCCUGAGAGCCGCCGCUGCCGCACCACCACCACUGCGGCCGGCGCAGAGGACAGUGGAGGAAGGAAGCGACGACAGGGGGUAUGCGGACAGCGCUGGCCUCGGUGCAGAUGCGGGGGCGGGUGUGGCGACCGCGCCGGCACACAAGCUACCACCAUCGUGGACGACUGCCUCUCUCCUUACACCCGCGUCAUCCUUGGGUGCAUCCGACCAGACAGCGAAGCCGCUGCUCGUGUAUUUGCCCACUAUCGCGCCCGCUGCCGCCACCCCCAGCGAUGCCGCUGCGGCUGCCGGCCACGGCGGUGCGGCAGGCGAGGUCGGUGAUACUGACUCAGAAGCACCGGUGGUCGCUGCGUUGCCCCCCUUCUCGCACAGCGUGUCUUCGCGCAGCGUGGUGGACAAACUGGGCAAGCUGCCAAGCCCUGACCUAUCCCCGGCAACAGCAGCCACGACCACUGCUGCAGAUCUGUCCUUUUCCGUCCCGUCUUCUAUUCCACUCUGUCGCUCGUCCCAACCGCGCGCACUCCUGCCUCUGUACUUUAGCUCCGCCCCCGUGGCGCCGCUUCGCCACCUCCUUGCCUCAGCUGUUGUGUGCGUGGACGGCCACGGAAUACCGUCGGCUUUCUCUGCUGCAGCCGCACAAGACGAGGAGGAUGCGCAGACUCUGCUCAGAGGCGCUGGUGCCACGUGUGAAGCAGUGAAAAGGGAGUCCGCGCGAGAAGCCGAUACGUUGCCGCAGCCGCCACCUCCCUCGACGAGCGUCUGCACAGAUGCGAGCACCGGUGCGGUUGGUGUUGCUGGAGUCGUCUGUCGAGCAGUGUGGCCAAUCCCUCCGUGGCCGGCGAAUCCACUGCCGUUGUUCGCUCCGGAGGCGGUCCCGUUGCUAUCCUACUCGGUGUGCACUGAUGGCCGUCAUCGUGGAGUUUCGGUAGACGAAUCCGCAACGCCUCGAGUGGCGGGAACAGCAGCAGCGGAUGACGACGAUGUGGAGACGGCUGUGUCUGACCUGCUGGAGCACCUCGGUGAGUGGAACAGCUCCCUCGUGGCCGGCAUGUUCUUGAGUGCAAAGGUGCUGGCCGCCAGCACGCCCACAACGCAAUCAGCUCCACCGCCCUUGCCGCAGCAACAACCGGAGACGACAGCGACGAGGACGAGAGAGGGCGAGGCGGAGGCGGAAGCAGCGGCUCUGGAGAAAGAAGGUGACAGCGCCUCAGUGGCCUCGGCAUGCCCUACCUCCAUGUCAGAGCUGCUAGCGCUUCUCUUUCGGUACUGGCAUCAGCGGUUGGCGGACCCGCCGGCGCGCAUGUGUGCAGUGGAGCCUCCCGGAAAGCAUCAGCAGCACCACGAGGCAUCUGCGUCUCUGAAAGCCGCUGCGGGCACCACCGCCACGGCGUUUGCCGCCCAGGAGAGCGCUGGGGUGGUGCCGCGGCCCCCAUCACCUCCGACGCAGACGCCGACACUCAUCAGCCGUGCCUUUUUCCAGGAUCCUCAAGGCCGCGAGCACGCGACAGAAGCACCCUGGCACCAGUCCAUGAAACAGACACCGGCGCAGGCAACGCCGCUGUCCUCGCCCUCUCCGCUGCCCCCUGCCGCCCCGCACCACUACACGUCCGUGUUCCUUGUGGAGCAGCUGCUGAUGUCGAUUGAGUUUUCCAUCGCGUACUUGGUGAGCCGCAAGCGGGACGCGGCGGCGGUGGCUGGCAGUCAGCUAGAUGCAGAUGCUCUCCGUGACGCAUUCAAUGAGGACGAUGCUCGAGCGCCGCCCUUGACACCGUUGCGGGUGCAGCAGCGGCUCCGGUGCUACCGACUCCCGCCGGUCUCCUCGCACACACCGUUUGAAGCGGUGUGGGGGCUGUACCUCGCGCAGCGAGUGCGCCUGUUCAGUGGCUCCAAAACCUUAGCAUCCGCAGCCAAGGCCCGCGUUGGCGCAGGAGCACCGGCUGCCGCGCGCUUACGGUUGCCGGCGCCCUCGAAACCGUCGCUGGAGCACGCCGAGGCAGCGCUUGCCGAUCGAGAGGCAGAGGAGCAGCGGCAAGACGCAUGUGGCCUGAGCUGCACCGCAAUGGACGUGUGGACACUGUGGCAGCGGGCAGCAGGAAUGGCGUCGAAACGAUUGCCAGCAGCACCAACAGCGUCGGCGCCCAUAGUCAAGGAGGCGGCGGUGGAUGCCACACCCCUAUCACCACCGCUACAGUGUACUGCGCCACCGCAGCCCGCGAAUGCGCUGAUGAAAGUAAGCAACCCCACAACAUCGCCGCCGCCACUGGCCUCACCGUGUCGCACGCAUAUCGUCUCCGCAAGCAGCAUGGAGCGGCGGCGUCCGUCAUCAGACCGCCAGCUCGCUCUGCCGCCUGUUCGUUCCUCAACACCACAGCCUCUGCCCAGUCGCUUGCCUGCGCACAUCAGCUUCACGGUGCAGUCAGUCUCGAAGCCGUGCAAGAGCUCUCACAGUGCCCCUGAUGUGGCCGCCGUAGCAGCCGCAGCAGCAGCAGCAACCCAUGACAGGGCACUGCCAUCCCCAUACACAGUGUUAGCUGGACAAGCGGCUCAACUACAGCAAGGACGUGAGCCGGGGCAGAUGUCCUCGGCAACCUCGGUGGCGGCAGCGACCGCAGGGCUUCUUCAGGUACUUCCGAGCUUCCUCUCCUCUCGCGGUCCAGUGCCGGGUGUGCCUUCUCCGCCGUCGCUGCAGCCCUCGACUUCGGCACGCAAUGCGCCCUCCGCACAAUGGCUUCACAAGCGGGCCAGGGUGUCCACAGCAGUGACUGCCGACUUGCGUGCCGCAACGCAGCCGGUGCAGAGAAGGGGCAGACCCGACGCUUGGCUGCAAGAGCGGCGUGACAUGCAUGGCGUCAGCGAGGCGAACGCGGCCGUGGGGCGCGUAACAGCCUCUCAGCAGCCAGCAACAGUCAUGAUGCAAGGAGGCCGCAUCGAUUCAUGGGGGAGCAUUGGCGAUAGCAGCCUCGACAGCCCGGACGGGAUGAGAGACAAGUGGGACGACGACAUGGCGUGUGUUUCAGGGCAGUUGACCGCCAGCACCACCGUGAGCGGCAGUAUACAUGGUACAUCCACUCCUUUGGUCGCUGCUGGACCGCAGGCGCACGUGCAGCAGCGACGCUCCACCCUGCCAGCCACCUGCACUGUCGAGGUAUCCAAAAGUGCUCUUCCCGCUGCACCGGCUGCGGAGAGUGGCAGGCGAAAAACGCAUCGUGCCGGUGAGAUCGGUGGCGGCAGCGACGAUGGCGGCAGGCACACCGCACGCGCCACUUCGGCAACGCCGUUGGAGGGAUGGAAGGAGACGCUACCGUCCGACGAGGCACACUGGAUGGAAAGCCGCGGUGGUGUCGAUGCGGCAGCGACGGCGCCGCAGACGUCUCGCUGCCGGCGGCCGCGCGGAGGGCUGUACUCUGCCGCCUCCUUCGUAGCAGUCCUCUCCGCGGCAGUGACACAGGUGCUGUCCGAGCAGCAGGAUCCAUCGCAGCAACAUCAGCAGCAGCAGUUUCACGGCUUCCCCGCAGCGCCUCCCUCCUUCGCGCCCUCGGGCUCCGUCUCUUUCUCAUCCACGGCAGCGGCGGUGGCGGCACAGCGGCUGGAGCAGAUCCGCCGAGGUCGACUGUUGCCUUCCCUCGCUACGCUCGACAGUCUCAGUUUGCUGCCGCAGUACGUGCCUGUCUGGUGCUACACGUACGACCCCAUCACCGGCCAGCAGACAGCGAGGCGGCGCGGCGACGACGGCGGUGGCAGUAGCGGUCACGCGCACAAUCAAAGUUACCUACAGCACUACACCCCAUCUUCCAGCGGGGCGGUGAUCCGUUCGCGUAGCGGCGGCGGCGCAGGCGCAGGCGGUGGCAUCCACGAGCUGGGCCGUGCUGGCAAGGCGGGCUUGACCGCCACCUACAGAUAUGUUUCUGAGACGGCACGAACAGUGCUCGAUGCGGUUAAGUCGUCUGUGCCGAGCAAGGUGCAAGGCGCGAGGGGCAUCAAGGGCGAUAACACCCAACCCGUGAGCGGCGGCACCGGCGACGAAGCGAGAGCUGGCUUUCCCGCCACACCGGCGACAGCGGGUGCACCGACGGAGACCCCUGUCAUGUCUCCCGUUGCCGUCUCCGCGCCACGCAUGUCCUUGGAUGCGCCUCUGCCUGUGAUGGCUAGCGUUCACGCCCCCGCGUACGGCAGCGGCAAUGCAACUCGUGAUGCGACGAAGGAUCCAAGUCUGUACUACGCCAUGUGCGGGCUGUACAUCACGGAGCAGGACAUCAUCCUACGCGCCAUUCCGACGGUCGAGGUCGAGCGCCGGCGCGAGAAGGCGAGGCGGAAGCGGCGGCAACAGAAAGGCAUGCCCUCAGCGCCGACGCGAGGAUCCGGCUGGGCACAAGCCAGCGGCGGGGGUAGAGGCUGCCUCGGCCGCGGCGGCGCACCUUCAGUUGGCAGCGAAGCCGAGCGCUCGAAGUGCGCUGACGGGAACAACAGCGGCGACGAGGGCAACGACGACGACGACAGCGAAGAGGAGGAAGUGGUGGAGCUGCUGAUUUUGCCACGCGUCAGCCUUGUGUCUGUCACGCCGUGUGCGGUGGACCGCAGCGCCGGCGGCGUCUUCGCCGUCAAGCACGCUCGCAAGCUGUACGAUCAUCUGGAGCGAGACCGCCACUUCGUUCCUUCGUCCUCAGCGGCCGCCAUCUCAGAUUCGACCUUGGCCGUGCCCGCCGCUGGCGGCAGUGGUAGCGGCGGCGCUGGCGAAGGUGGCCGAGGUGCAGCGGGAAGCAGCGUAACGUCCGCCUCAACGGGGCAUCGAGUAUCGGUGGCCAGCACAGCGACCUCAAGCACGGGCAUCAAUGCGCGACACCACCUCCCGCGCGCAUCAGCGCACUCAGGCCAGCCGGGGCAGCCAUCCUUCAUGACAUCGUCGACCGUUGUGGUGCUGAAGUUGCAAUCUGGAGAGAUGCAGACGGUAUGGCUGGAGUUUGAAGACGAGACGGCGUUGAAUGAGGUCCAUCAGCUGCUGUGCGCUCCACUGCGACCCUCGACUCAGCCACGUGGGAUGGCAGUCUGUCAAGCAGGGCCGUGGUGCGCGCUGCCGCAGCAGCAGCAGCUGCCGUGCUAUGGCAACCGAUUUUUGUCCAGCGCCCGUCGCCUGUGGUGCAUGGUGCCUCUGGUUCUGCUUGCCACGAACGUGCCGCUGCAGGGAGCCGCCACCUCGCCGUUCAUGCAGGCACUCUUGAAGAACGUCACCGUGGCGGCGGUGAUGCUGAACGCGCAGGCAACGGCGCCGUGCAUGGCAGCGGCGACAACCAGGUCGCCAUCACUUCUGUCGAUGGAGGCCUCCAUGCUCUCUCUGCCCUCGCCCCCGCCCCCGCCCCCGCGCGGGCCCCCCAUAAUGCUGGCAGACACAUGGUGGCUCUACGACCCCGCUCGAGAAUUCGUGCGCCAAGGCCUGUCAGAGGAACGCUGGUCCAUGACGUCGGCGAACGCGGAGUACGCCUUCUGCCCGACCUACCCGUCCACCUUCGUCGUCCCCGCCGCCGUCGCACGCGCGAUGGAAAACAACGAGGUGGACGGACGGCACCGCAUGUCGCGCCGCGUCGAAGCUGUCGCCUUCUACUACGCGCCAACCGGUGGCGUGCUCGUCCGCAGUGCGCAACCGACGCUGGCGUCGCUGGUGGCCGAUGUGCCGACCGAGCAGGCGUUGGAGUGGACAUCGCGCAUGACGGGUGGCCGGCUUGGUAGAGCGGCGCCGGCCGCGUCGUCGUCGCAGACACAGACGUCGUCAUUGGUGGUGCCGCUGCGGGACGUCCUUCGCCUUACACUGAGCGCCUUCGCCGCGGCGGCUGGCGUGACGGCUCAGCGAAUCUUCGUAAUGGACCUCCGCUCUGCCAGGGCGGCGUUCGCGAAUGUGGGCAAGGGGGGCGGCACCAUGGAGCUUCUUCUGUACCCCUUCGGCGGUGUGGAGUACGCUGGACUGCCAAACAUCCACAGUGUGCAGAAGGCGUGGCGUAGGCUGAGAGCGUCCCUGACACAAGACGCGCCGUACCAGCUGCGGGGAGAUGAGAGCGGCCGCCUCGAGACGCAGUACGUGCAGAACGCUGGAGAGCCACCGUACGCGGCGGUGGUUGCCGCUGCUGAGCUGUCUGCGACGGCGAAGCGGCCCGCGUCAGGGCUCGGCGUGGCGUCGCUGCUGCCGCGCCUGCAAGGGUGUAGCCCGAGUACUCCGCAGUCAGCGAGGGACUUGAGUAGUGGCGCAGACGCAGAAGCGGCUAUCAAGCUCAGUGCUGGUGAGUCCGGCGACAGCGAUGGUAACGGCGAGAGUGGAGGACCAAGAGACGGUGCGGCAGCGGAAGACUAUGCUGCGAACACAACGGCCGCAACAUCGGCGCCGUCUCGGCCUCCGUUCUCGCUCGGAGGUGUGCGAUGGAGUGCCAUCUUCUCCGUCAUGGCCCCCGUCGGCAGCGCGUCCGUCACUGCCAUGAUGCCGGCAGCACAGCACGAGUGGCUCGCCUACAUUGCCAUGCUGCUCAACACCGCCGUCGUUGCAGCGCGGCGUGUCUGCGGCGUGCCGACGGACCCGCUGUACGUGCCUGCCCUGCAGCACAACGGUCCUUUGGCAAACUGCUUCUCGUACAUUGUAGGCCACGCCUUCACGCAAUUUCGGCUACCAAAGGCGACGACGUCGGCGUCGGCGGCGCCACGCUCGGGAUCGAGGCGCGGCUUGUGGACAUCAGCCGCAGCCACAGCGACAGCUGCUCGUAGCUGCAAGGCGCCGCUAGCAUCGUACGAGCACAGCGCGCACGCGACACUUGCGCAUGUGGUGUUUCUCAACUGCUCCGACGGUUGGGACCGCACCCCGCAGAUCAGCAUCCUCGCGCAGCUGCUGCUAGACCCCUACUAUCGUACAGUGGAAGGCCUCUGCAUCUUGCUGGAGCGCGAGGUUCUUUGUUUUGGGCAUCCGACGCAACUGCGCUCAACGGCGGUGCGCGGCAACGUCGACGACUACUGGGAUCAACUCCUCCGCGACGACCGAGACACUGCGGCAGCAGCGAAGAGGAUGAGCGCGCAGGUCCCCGCGGCAGCCGCGGCGCAAACGCACGCGACGUCAGCGACCGGGGAGGGCCAGCGGCUCUUCCAGGCGACGGAGGCGCGUCAGCGCAAAGCUGCUACGGCGGCCUCUCACUCGCCCACCGUCCUCGCCGCUCACACACUGGCAGCCGGUGAAGCGAGGAACGCCGUGGAGAGUGAGCCUAGGAGCGACAGCGAGGGGGGUCAAGCUAGCGGCAACGUCGGGCCGCUGACGGCCGCUGCUGCCGCCGCCAGAGAUGACGAUGAUUACGACGACGUUGAAAGUGACGCUACCUCGGCGCUGCUCUUCGAUGAGGAGCCCGUGGAAGCGCAUGAGGCCGCCGCGGCUGACGGGCUGAGAGAACGGGCCUUGCAUCGAUGGGUGCAGAAGGCCCGUGCGGCACUGGGCGGCGGUGGUAGCGCAGGCGACGUCGCAGCGACGGAGGAUGCAAGGCAGAGCCGUGGCGCAUCUGCAACGACUGCUGAUGCGCCUUCAGUGUGCGCGUCGUCGAUGUCCUCGAAGCCUCCUAAAGUGCCGCUGUGGUCUAGUAGCGAGGCGGCGCCCAUUCUUGCCCAGCUGCUCGACGCCAUACGUCAGCUUGUCGUGCUCUAUCCGGCGUGUUUCGAGUACACACCGCAGUUUGUGUGCCUCCUGCUCGACCUCUUCCACAGCCAGCUGAUCAGCACCUUCAGUGUGAACUGCGAGCAGCAGGUGGAGGCGCAGCGUGUGGCAGAGGGCACGUUGUCGCUGAGUCAGUGGUGCGCCCUCCUGCUGUCCACGACGACAGCGACGCCAUCGGCAGCGUAUGCCGCAGCGCCCGUCACGGUACAGCCGUCACCCCUCAGGAGCACACUCGACACGCACUCGGAUGGCGGCGGUGACGCCAACACUGUGCUCCUACUGAGCAGCGCAUCGCAUUCCCGCGCCCCCGCGACGCCGGGCUCGCUACGCCAGCAGCUCCCGAGGUCGACGGCAGCGGCGCUAUCGGCGUCCCACGCGGACCCACCCAGCGAGGUGGGUGGCGCUGAGGCAAGCGUGGGUGCUGCCGUCUCGGUCGACGCAUCUUUCCAUCGCCUGGAUUCGGCCUUUCUGAUGGGCGACGCAGGCCUGGAGCAGGAGGAGUCGGGGGAGAACGCUGUGGACAGCUGUCGCCGCAGCUGCAGCGACGCCGUAGAGAGGCAAGCCUUCGCCGUCUACCCUAGAAGUGGAAAUGGCGAGGGCGCGUCUGGCAGUCUUGCAGCCGGUAAGCAGCCGCGGCAGAGGGCUGCUGCGGCGCAGUCCUCGCCCAGCACCCACACCCCUGCCUUGCUGCCGCUCGGCCAAGAGGGAAAGGUGGUGGAGGAGGAGGCGGCGAUGACGGGGGGUCGCUCGUAUGCGCCGCAACCGCAGGCGCCGCUACCAGCGUGUCCUGCUGCGCCUCUCUACCUCUACGACUUCGACUGCACCACACAAUGGGGUGUGCCCGUCGCAUCCGCGGCGCCGCCGCUGCCUCGCUCGGGGCAGGCCCUUCCCUCGCCCUUCUCGAUAUCCUCCUCAGCCACUUCACCGCGGGCGCACUCCGCACGCCCCCAGGGCGAGGCCUCGCUCGCAGCGAGUGGACGGCAGACACAGCACCCACACCAGCAAGCAGGCUGUAAUGCGAGUGGCGCCACGGCAGCGGAUGAGUUCUCUCGCCGUCUGCUGCCCAUAUCGUACGACGCGCUCUACACCUCUGGCUACCUCAACCCAAACUUUUCCCUGCGCCACAACAGGGUCAAUGUCGGCCCCCUCGUGGACUUCAUCCUCCCAUCCCAGCUUACCCUGUGGCGAGCCGCGUACACACGUCACUCGUUUUGGGGCGUGCGGCAAGCGCAGCUGCAACACGCCACCGGACAGUAUCAGCAGGAGCAUUACCGGCUGCGUGGAGCGGGCGGUGGCAUCGGACAAGGCGCGCCAAGCGCAACGGGCGAGGCGAGAAGUGCCGUCGGCCGACACGGCGGCAACGGCAGUGCUUCGGGCGUGGGUGGUGCUCACAUCGGGGCAGAGGCACAUGAAAGUGGGCUGUGGUGCCACGGUGCUUCCUCUACGGGGGCAGCGGCGUCGUCGGGCCCCAGCACUAGCGCCAUACCGGAAGACGCGCGAUGGCAGCCUCGCAACAGCACCCCGCGCGUCCCCUCCUUCGCCAGCGCCUCCGUCACGUCACGCACUGGCGGCGGCAGCAGUGCGGCCUUCUUCACGGGCGAAGAGGACAGCGAGAGUCCCUCGCAAGGUCGACCGGCGCACUUCACGGACGCGGCCACCGCCUGCACUGCGACCUCCUCGACACCCGGCAUCUACCAGUUCCAUAUUGGCUCCGACAGCGAGGACGAGGAGACGGACGACUGCCACUAG